CCAUCAUCUUUUCUAACUAUGAUCAUAUAGAACAAUGCGCUCAGUAAAGUAGAGAUGCCUACAGUAGGAGCGCAGUCCUCGACCUAUGCACUUUGCGGCUCGCACCGAGGUGAAAAUUUGAGAGAAUGACCUUGGCGGCUCAGAAGGGGCAGAACAGGCGACGGUCUAGGACUGUGCUCAAGAAUAAGCGACGAUGGCCGCCUCAUCUUACGACUUCUUGUGACACAGAUAAAUCAACCUACGAAGAUAGUUGUAGCCGAUACUCUCGUCGCAACAGAGCUCCGAAUAUUGUACGGGAGAUAGACGAUGUGUUGGGUGAACGAGAUAUGAUACAAGCCACGACAUUAAAAACUCGUUCCCCUAGUGGAGAACAUCAAGACAUGUGACCAAUACAACGACCUCUUCUGAACAAGACGUGGUACUAAGCUCGAAGGGAAGCAGGAGAAUCACUGUACGUUGACACAAAGAGAAGAUGCCAGAACGUAGUCCGGUGCCAGGAGCUUCUACGGGCUCGCCUCGUGCUGAGCCCACUAAGCUCCCUCGCGCAGUCUAUCGUCCAGCCUCGUCCACGGUUGCAUAUAACAGUAGCGACAUGACUUCUUCAACUCAACACAACAUUUCGCCCAAAAAUGCAGCAGGCGGAGGACCGCCAUCUCUGACUACUGCUGCGAACCGCGCUCCAUUUUCCACACGACCAAAUAAUAAUAGCUCUAUAUUAGCAUCAACUUCUCAUCAACAUCAACAGCUAGUACCUAUAUCCACCAGUACAGCAGGAGGAGGUCCUUAUUCCUCCUUUCCGGUUCCAGCAGCUUCAUCGUCGAACCUUCACGAUACCUCUUUGGGCUCAAUCGCUCGCGGAGACCACUCGUUUCUGAUGAAUAACAAUUCCUUCGGCUCCAACGUUUCUCUGUUGAAUUCCACCGGGUCAGGACCACCGGUUAGUGGCACCGUAGUGGGGGGUGUGGCUGGAUCUCUCUCGGCCGCUGCAGUGUCGUCUCUCCAAAUGCAGCAAGAACAACAUCAAAAUUCGUCUAUUGGAGGAGGUUACUCGCACUCGCCGACUGGAUUAGGAGCUUCAGCGGGCAACAACAGCACGAGUCAGCCACCGAACGCAGGGUCUACGGUAUCAUCCGCUGGCGGGUCGUUGAUCGCGCCUCCAGCCACGGACAACAACCUGUCGUCUCUUAGUGCAGACGGGAGGCUCGUCAUUCGGAAUUGGAACUCGAGCACCAUCGUUUGUACAUGCGGUGCGGCAGCCUGCUACGAAAGGGAGAGAGUACACCUCACGAAACUUCGUCAGGACGUGAAGGCGCAAACACAGAAUCAUACGCGAAGGUACUAUAGUAUUUUUGGAGGAUAUGGAAAAGAUUCUUUAAGAUCCUUGUCCCGUUUGCUUUCCUGUCAUGAUUAUCUCCCUGUGUACAUGUUGACUUUGAAUUUUGAAAUCCUUCUUGGUCAUCAUCUUUUGAUCACUGGCCAAAACUUUACAGGGUUGCUCUUGUUGCUACACUCAUACAUAGAUACAUUCACGUCUUCGUCUUCCACCACCUCAGGUUAGAGCAGUUAACACAGAAGGAAGCGGAAUACGCUGUCCUCGAAAAGGAUCGACAGCAAUUGAGGCAAGCGGAAAGGGAGCUAGAAACGGAAAAGAGCCACUGGCAAAAGCGACUCGCGACUAUUGAUGAAGAAAAAGCACGUCUGCACAAACGGAGACAAGAUUAUGGCUGAUGUUGAACAGCGAUUUUUUGCUGCCAUGGCUACCUACUCUUUAAUCUCGGAUCAUCUUUUGAUUUCGUCAUUGUUCCUCUACAACGACUGGGACUGGGUCUGAUGUUACUUCAGUUUUGAUAUUCAGUAAAUCACUCUUCAGUUUUGAUAUUGAAAUUGAUACCCGCUAACUAUUGCUCUUUGAUCCUACUUCUCUUGUUUGAUGUCCUCUAAUGCAAGUAUGAGGGCAAGGCGGACGCGGUGGCCAAGGAUCGAACCCAGCUCGAGGAGCAGAAGCACACGUUUGAGGAGCGACGAAAGGACAUGCUUGAGCGAUUCCGUAAGAUGGAGGAGGAAAAGAUGCGAAACGAAGAACAGAUUCGAGAGGAGUGGGAGAAAUUGCGCAGUACCAAAGCCGAACUGCUGGAUAAGAAAGGCAAAUUAGAGGCCUGCGAGGCGAAAUCAGAGCAGUCGGCCCGUGAACGCGAAGACAAGGUUCAAACCGAAAAAGAGAAGUUAGAGCGCGCGAGGACGACAUUUGAGCGGGAGCAAGAGGAAAAAAUCGCGAUUUUAGAACAGUGUGAGCGGGACUUGCGCAAAAAGCGGACUGAGGACGAAAAGGCGGUUGCGAAAUUGAGGUCAGAGCUGGAGGAAGAAUACGCGAAAAGAGAGCGAGAAAGGGACGCGGCUGUUCGCAAGGAGCGGGACGAACUCGGAAAAAGCUACCGCGACCGCAUGGACGGCGCGGAGGACGAAAUCCGAAAGCGGCGUCAAGAGUGGGACGCAGAGCGGGAGGAGAUGGAAAAGGCUCUUGAAAAGCGUCGGCAGGAUUUCGAUGCUGAGCGCGAACGCUGGAAAGCCGAAGCACACCGGGAAAAAACGAAGUUCAGCAAGUUUAUGGACGAAGCUGAGGAAGGAUUCCAAAGCCGGGUGUUGCGCCAGCAGCAGGAGUAUGCGGAACGCUUGGAGCGUCUAGAGGCAGAAUUCCUCGGAAAAGAAGGAAAACUAGAGGCCGACUGGAAAGAACGGCGAACCACACUGGAAGCAGAAUUCCGCGAAAAAGUGGGACGAGAAUUGGAGUCCGUAGAAGAGCGCGAACACACUUUAUCGGAAGAAGCAGAGCGCCGGCGACAGAAGCUUGUUAAGGCGCGGUUGUGGUUGAACUUCUGUAUUUGUUGAUCAUUCUGAUGUUUUAAUAUUCGUAAGUACAAUAGCCACCGCACACUUAGUUAUGAAUGAAAAAGUAAGCAGUCGACUCUUGAAUCAAAGGUAUCCCUGAAAACAUCAUCAAAGUAGCAUGCCUCUAAGCUUGAAGAAGAGUCUGUGGCGCGAGGCAAGGAGCUUGAGCAGGAAGCAGAGAAACGAAGACAGAAGCUCGAGCAGGAAUUUUCCGAUCGGCACAAUUAUGGACUGAGUCAGAUUGCCUUUCGUCUUCAUCUACUUCCCGAGAUAGAUUUAUUCGUAUUCUAUACUAAUACCAAUUCCAGUUACCAAGAUUAGGUUCUAAUGCAAAGCAGCCGAGACCGAGCUCGCACGUAAGGUCCAAGGCCUUGAGGAAGAGCGCCGGAGCUUGUUGCAGGAAGCAGCUGUGUCACGCGAGAGCCUGCAGAAGCGGGAGGAUGUCUUUACUUCGGAGAUGGAGGAGGAGCGACGGAAGCUAGAAGCCGAAGUAGUGCGUGCGCAGGAACGGGCAGAAGCUGCAGCCGCCGCAGAGCGGGAGAAAGUUCGGCUACAAAAAGUUAAGCCAAGGUUGUUCUAUUGCCUUUUAGAUUCAAUGCCACUAAUCGCAAUCUUUUGAAUCUUUCAUUCUUUCUCUAUAGUCAACGUAUGCAUGAUGUGAAAGCAAAACUAAGUGUGGAAAAAAGUGUAACUGGUAUAAAAUUCCGCUCAGCCACAGCCACUUCUAACACCCAGACUGCGGAGCUUGAACUGGAGAAGGCGCGACAGGCAGUUGAGCUAGAACGGGAAAAAGUGGCGCGAGAUGCGGCACGCGUUCGCGAAGAUGCGCUACGGGAAGUGGGUUCACGUGAGAGCGAGCUCGAGGAGGCCCAACGAGCACUGGAGCGCGAGCGGUCGCAACUGAGGGCUGCAUCCGAGCGGGAUAAAGAGGAUGGCAUGAUUAAGGCAACAUCUGUACUAACACUUGAUGAACAAGUUGUUGUAUUAGUUUUCAAGAACAUUCACUUCUAGAAGAAGUUGGUGAAUAUUACCCAUUCAACAACGCUGUCACUGUAAAUACUGACAACAAACACAGUAUAGAGUGACCAGUGAGAUUGUGAUUUAUGUGACAGAAGCUGAAGAAGAUACUUCUGUUUAUAUUACAAUAGACUAGUGGCUACUUUGUGUUCGUCCUUCUCUAAGGUGCGCGCUAUCCAGGCUGAGCGGGAACUUUUAGACCGGGAGCGGAGAGCUUUUGCGUCCGAGCGGGAGCAGCGGGAUCGAAAAGACCGCCUCAUGGCAGAGGAGCGGGAGCGCGAGGUGCAGGCGAAAAUUGCGAAGCGGCGCCAAGAACUAGAAAGCGAAUUUCUGGCAAAGCGGCAAGGGCUGGCAGUGGAGCUGGAGCAGCUGCGGGAGGCUGCGCGACGGGAUGCGGAUUCCUUACGACGUGCGGGCGAGGACGCGAAGUGUGCCACCCAGAAGGAGCUAGAUGUGCGCAAAGCAGACCUAGACGCGGAAUUGCACGCCCAAAGAGAGCAGUGGGCCGCGGAGCUGCAGCGGCAACGCGAAGAAGCGGCACAUGCGCUGGAGACGCAGCGCCAGCAGCUAGAAGUGCAACGCAGAGAGCAGGAGGACGAGAUAUUGUCCCGGUCCCGUCAGGCAGAAGCCAAUGCGCGAGACCGAGCCGCGGAGCUUGAGGCGAAGAGUGCAGAACUAGCUUCGCAACUUGCUGCCCUCGAGGAGCAAAGGAGUCUCUUCGACAAGCAGAAAAUUGAUGCCGAGAAAGAGCUUCUGCGCAACCUUGAUGAGAUUGAAGCCGAAAAGAAGACUCUGGAGGGCGAGCUGCAGCAACAGAAACGACUAGUCGAGAAUGAGAAGAAGCUGGUCGAAAAGAUGCGGCUCGAAUUCGAGCAGGAGAAAGAGCGCACCCGGAGCGUGUUCGAGGCGGCCGCGGCAGACACGGACAAAGCGCACGCAGAGAAGCUCUCUGCGCUCGAUGCGGAGCGACAGCGACUCUUCCGUGAAUUUGACGCGAAAAAGGAGGAUCUAGAGCGUGAGAUGGCCGCGCGAAUGAAGGAGCAGGAGGAUCGAAUCGCGCGACGAGAGCAGGAGGCCCAAGAAUCCUGGGAGAGGCGACAGGUAUGCAUGGAUGCGUAUCGAUUAGUGAUGGUAGAAGGUUUAUAGACCCUGUAAGUAGUAGUUAAGAAAAGAGUAUUGCCCUUCCUUUGAUUAUCAACAUCCAAGCCCAAGAAUUCUGUGGCUCAUGAAAUACACAGGUUGAAGCGACAGCGGUAGAACACCGGCGACAGAGUGAGGUGGAAGCUUUAUCCCUUGAAGUUGAGACAACCCGUCGGAGUCUCGAGCAAGAAUCAAAGCAGCUCGAGGUACUCUUGCUAUGAUAGUGAUUUGAUGCUUAUCCUGCGAACAAUACAUAGAGUAGCACUUCUACGUACUUCGCACUUGAUGGGGCUCUCAUCGAAACGACUUUUUGGAUCCGUCUACAGCGUUCGUAGCAGGACCUGGCAUGACUUGCGCUUUUGUUUUCACCCUGAAAACGGGACGACCAAGUAAACGACUUCAACACGACCAUUAAAUGAAUUUCAGGCUGCUCGCGGUGAACUACUGCAGCAGCAAAACGAGUUGGAUUUGGCGCGUAAGGAGGCUGCGGCAAGAGAGCAGGCUGCGAGGGAGCGAGAAGAGGCGGUGGCAGUGGAGUUCACGGGUAAGGAGAAGCGAAUGGCUCAAUUGCUCAAACGCCAAGAGGCAGAGCUGCAAGAGGAGCGCGCAGGCAUCGUUGCAGAGCGUGAACGACUGCGUGCUCGCGAGGAGGAGUUUGCCGUAGAAUGCCAGAGGCGCGACACCGAGUGGGCCGAGCGGGUCCAGCAGCGUGAGGAGCACCUGCGGAGCAACCUGAGCGAGCUCGAGGCAGAGCUCCAGCAGAAAACCAAGCAGAGGGAGACCCGUCUAGAGCAGCGCGAACGUGAGUUGAUCGACGGUCUAAAUCGGGAGAGAGCGAAAUUAGAGUCAGAAUUCGCGGAGAAAGCAGCAGAACGUGAACAAGAAACAGAGCGUCGCGCCGGAAGGGAAGAAGUGUAUGGUUAGAGCUGAUCACAGCACACCUUGUUCAUAGAAGAUCAAUUACUUAGACGCAAUUCACGCUUCAAAUACAGUCUGUUACAAGUAUAACGGAAAAAAUAUUUCAGAAUCUGUAGGAUACAUGCAAAAAUUAUUUUUGAGAGGGUCCGACCUAUCUGAAAGCUAGAAGUUGCAGUAGAUUCUAGAAAUUUAGUAAAAAAGCUGUUCUUUGUCUCUGUGGCUUUUGCAUUUUGAUAACCAGCCAACGUUUACAUUGCUUCGUACACAGCUCUCUUUCAUACUUUUGCUCGGCAGCGGCGUGAAGAGGAGCUUCGCUCCAAGGAAGCGCGACUCGAGGCUAAGAUUCUGGAGAAGGAGCAGGAGCUGCGAGACAAAAUUUCUGCCAAGGAGGCGCAGUUGCAAGCACAGAAGGAGAGGAUCGAGGCUGAGCUCUCAGAGAGCGAAGAGGCUCUUCAAAAACGUGUCGCAGCAAAGGAAAGUGAGUUGGCUUCGAAAAUUUCCGAGAAGGAGGCUCUGCUCGAAGCGCGCAAAGCGGAGAUAGAACGUGAACUGCAGGCAGAGCGCGAACAACUGGAGCUGCGCGGUGCAGAGCAGGACCGCAAGGAUUCCGCACUCAAGGAAAGUACAGAAGUUCUCGACAAGAAGCGACUAGACGCAGAACUCAUGGAGAAAAAGCGCGUUGGCGAGCUGGAAGAGAUGGAAAAAGUGCUCAAACUCGAAUUCGCCGAAAAGGACCAAGCACGGAAGCGAGCGCUCGCAGAAAAGGAGCAAGAGAUAUGAACUUUUGGACCAAUAUCACAAUUUUCGAUAUUUUACAUUGAUUUGUGAUUAGUGCCACGUUGGCUAAACUGGUAAUAUUAUUUCUUUAACUUCUUGUUUCUUUCCCGCCGAGAAAGACUACAUGUGGAUGCCAAUGUCUUUUGAUCAAGUCUCACUCACACCCCGAACGUUUCUAUGUGUACUUACUUAGACUUCCUCGACACCACCUUCGCCAGCUAGACUUUUAAACAUCCUUAGAUACUACUCCUUGUUUCAUUGGUUCUGGAGAAGCAGCAUUGGCAGUUGCGGGCGGAGCUGGAGCAGCGCGAGAUCGCGAUGCGGGCAGAGCUUUUCGCCAAAGGAAGCGAGUCGCAGCAAAAGCUAAUUGCUGACUUUGAUGCACGCAAGAGCGCAAUGGAGGCAGAGUUGGCCGAAAAGAAAGAGCAGAUUGCAGACCAGGAACGCGCGCUGCAUGAGAAGGAGCGCGCGUUAGCUCGUGCUGAACAGGAGACGGAGAGGGAAACGCUGCGACGGCGCGCAGAGUUGGAGAUGCGGGCCAGCGAACUCCAGAGUGAGGCACAGGCGGGGCAGAAGCUGCGGCGGGGCCUCGAGGAAGAAGAAAAGGCGCUAGCGCAGCGUCGCGCAGGUGCAGAGGAGUUGCAAAGGGCGCUGGAGGCGCGUGAGGAUCUCUUGGCGAAGUCGUCUCGCGACGUCGAAGCGAGGGAAGCGGCCGCUGCUGGCGAAAAGAAAAGACUGCAGCAGAUGGAGGCAGAGUUGCGUGAGAAGGAGGAGUUUGUCGCAGGACGCGAUGCGCAGGCUGAGCGGCUCUCUCGGGAAUUAGUGGCCGAAAAGCAGCGUCUGGUGUCGGAGCAGCAGAAAUUCUUCGCUGAAGAGGUCGCGGGGGAGCGCGACAAGCUCGCGACAGAACGCAAGCAGCUGGAGGAACAGUAUCGAGCGCGGGCUGCUGAGCUCGAGGAGGAGUUCUCAAGGAGAUCAGCGGCGAUUACAACAGAGCUGAGCGAGGAGCGACUGGCAUUGUCGCGUCAGAAGCUGGAGCUUGAAAAAGCUCUAGCCCAGCGUAGCGAGGAUCUCGAAAGUGCCGCCAGCAGCGAGCGCGCGAAGCUCGCAAAGCUCCGCAGCGAUGGUGAGUCCGCUCUACAGGAACGAACACGCGCACUAGAGCGUGAGUUCGCGGAGAAGGGCCGCAAACUCCAAGACGAGGCAGCUUCGGAGCGCGCUGCUGCAUCCACAGAACGGCGUCAGCUGGAAGCAGAUCUUAGAGACCGCAUUGCGACUGCUGAUUUCGAAGCCGACAAGGUCCAGGCGGCUGCGAAAGAGGAGCUCACACGAAGGAAGCAGGAGCUGGAGCAGCAAUUUGCGGCGAAGUGCGCACAGCUGGAAGCGGACAGCACUGGGAGUCUAGCCGUGCAGCGAUCCGCAGUUGAGCAGCAGCUAGCUGAGCGUGCGGAAAAAAUGGCGAAGGAGGCGUCUGAGCGCGAGGCUCGGGAGCGCGCAGAGCUUCGGAGCAAGGCGGAGCGCGAGCUAGCGGACGCAAGGAACGCGGCUACACAAGUACUCGAGCGUGACCAGAGCGAACUCCGCAAACGGCAAGAUGCGGUUCAACGUGAGCGACAGACGCUGCAAGCCGAGAGCGUGUCGACGCGUGAGGAGUUGUCACGGCGUAAGCAAGAGUUAGAAACUCAGUAUUCUUCCCGCUUCGCUGAGGUCGAGAGCACAUUGGCUGCAGAGCGAGAAGACGCUGCACGGCAAAAGCGUGAGUGGGAGGCCGCUUUGCGCGCACGCGAGGCUGAGCUGGACGCCGACCGGGAUUCCGUCUCCCGCCAGCGUCGACAGGUGGAGGACACUCUACGAAAGCGUGUUGACGAGCUGGAAACGCAGCUGGAUAGCGAGCGUGCCGCUGUUGCAGAGACACGGCGGCAGAUGCAGACUGAGCUGCGCGAGAAACUCGCGCAAAUGGCCACGGAUUUCGAGAGAAAGUCCUCAGAAAUCACUGGUGAGCUCUCCGAGGAGCGCGCAAGCGUACAUCGGCAACGCCUCGAACUGGAAAGACAGUUAGCGGAACGGCAGACGCGGCUGGAAGCGGAGCACGCUGAAAGUGCCGCAGCUGAGCGCGCGCGCUGGAAGCAGGAGGCCGAUCGGCGCGUCGCCGAAGUCGAGCGCCUGCGAAGUGAGGAGGUCGCAAGCGAAAGAGAACAGCUUGCGAAGACACGUCGCGAGCUUGAGCGAGACCUUCGGCAGCGGCAAUCUGAGCUUGAACAAGAGAAGAACGAAGUCCACACUCAGAAACGCGAAUUAGAGAAGGAGUACCGCACUCGCAUCAACGAAGUGGAGUCGGACAUGCUGAAUCGGUCGAACAUCUUUGCGUCCGAGCUGUCCGAGGAGCGCUUGGCACUGAGUAGGCAGCGGUUAGACCUCGAGCGGGAGCUUGGCGAGAAGCUGCAGGCGGAGAAGCAAGCUGCUGCAAAGCAGCUGCAGGCGAACUACGACACGAGGCUGAAGGAGCUCCAGCGGGAUCAAGCAGAGAAUCUGAAGACCGAGAAGCAGCGACUAGAGGAUCGUAUGAAAGCAGAAAGAGACCGCUUCGACUGGGAAAAAGCUGUUAUGAUAGUAGAUACCCGACUACACUUCUUGAUGGAGUGUUUUUAAGCAUUCACGAAUGAAUGUGAUUGUCAUAGUCUAUCUUCGUGUUUGAUUGUGUCAUUCGAUCGAGUGCUGUUGUACUAGGCAAAAAACGUGCUUGAUGCUUUUUAGCUGGACGUUUAGAGAAAUAGUUCUUCUUCCACAUCUACCUCUUCAUCUGCGGAUUUUGAACUCUUCCCUUUGUUCCUUCAUAUGAGAAGCUAUCCGUGGGGAGCGGCACCGAGCUGAACUGGCUCAUGCUGAGGCCCUGCGCGCAGAGCGGCAAAAGGUCGAAGAGACCUGGCGGGCUGAGCGGGAGCGCAUCGAGUCGGCUUGUGAGGUCGAAAAGCAGCGUUUGCAGAUGGAGCAUGGUGAGAGGCUGCGGGCCGAAGCACUUCGUCUCUCGAAUGAAAAGAACGAUGCCGUGAGCGCCGCCGUGCGAGAGGAGACACGGCGGCUGAAAGCGCAACAAGCCGAAGAACUGCGAACAGAGGUGCAGCGCCUCGAGAGCGAGUUCUCUGACCGAUUGCGCACUGAGCGGCUCCGGCUGGAAUCGGAAAGUGCGGAAAAGCUCUCGAAAUUCGAGACUGCGGAAGCUCAACGAGCGGAGACGGAGCUUGCCGACCGGCUGCGUACGGAGAAGCACCGCGUGGAAAGCGAGUAUGCGGAGAAACUGCGAGCGGAGAAGCACCGGCUAGACCUCCUACAGCAGGAGGAGGUGCGCGCGGAGCGUUUGCGUCUCGAAGAAGAAGGCCGUGCAGACCGGCAUAGGCUAGAGCUGGAUUUCGCGGAGCGAUCGCGAGCCGAGCGCCACCGAUUAGACUUGUCCUUGCAGGACGACUCGCGAGCGGAGCGACACCGGCUAGAGUUAGAGUUCAACGACAAGCUGCGGCAGGAGCGAGCGCGGCUUGAGGCCGAGGCAGCCGCCGAGCGCGCGCGGGCGGAGGCGGAUCUGUCGUCGCGUCUAGAGGAGCGCCACAGAGAGACCUUGGAGAAGGAGCGGCAGCGACUAGAGGUUGCGCAGCAAGAAGAGCUGCGGGCGGAGCGGAGCCGCCUAGAGCUGGACAUGCGUGCCGAACGCAGCCGACUCGAGGAGUCUGCGCAUCUCGAGAAAGCAGCCCACGAACGUGUUGUCAGCGAGCGAGUACGUGCUGAAGUCGAGGAGAAGAGCCGUCUGCGCGAACAGGAGUUGGAACAAGAUGUUGCUCGUGUCACAGAGGAGAUGGACCGGGAGUGGAAACUGAAGGAAGCGAUGCUCGAACAGCAGUGCAAAACGCAAAUAGAGGAGGCCCACAAGCAGCUCGACUCCGAGCGGCUGCGGCUCGAAGACGAGAAGGCUGCGUGGCAGCGGCAGUUAGACGUCGACAAGCAGUCGUUACAACGCCAAUUUGACGCGGAUAAACAAGCCUUGCAAAGGGAAUUUGAGACUGAUAAGCUCGCUCUUAAGAACACGCUAGAACAGCGGUUCCAGGUGGAAAAGCGGGAAUGCGAGGAGCGUGCCCGACGCGACCAUGUAAGCGGGGAGGAACGCUGGAGAGCCGAGUUGCAGAGGGAGUACCAGCUGAAGGAAACGAAGAUGGAAGAGCUCCUUGCUAGUCGCGAACAAGAGCUGCUUCGCAUCGGCAACGAGCUUGAACAGGAAUUUGAGGAGAAACAACAGGCGCUGGCAGAAGAGCGGCGACGCUUUGAGGAGGACGCCACGCGAAAACGCUUGGACCUCGAAAAAAGCUUUAGCAAUGACCUCCACGAGAUGCAGGAACAGACCCGUCGAAAAGAAGGCGAAAUAGACGAGCGCAGACGAAAAAUGGUAAUCCUCUUUUGACUAUCCAGACAUGACAUUUUCUAGGAUGACUCUACUUUUUCAACGAGGAUAAUGAAGGUGAAGAUGCAGGUGAUAGAGCUUCAUACGACUAAAAAACGAUCCUCCUCGUUGGUCCGUUCUUCAUCUUGCAACCUUUCAUGAGACUUGUUCAUCCUCUGAUAUGAAAAAUCUUUUCAGGAAGAAGAGCUGUUGAGCCUGAAUCGCAGUAAGGAGCGCGAGUUGGAGCAGCGCGUGCAGCAGAUGGAGGCUAGCUUUGAGGAGCGAUGGCGGCGGCGGGAACAGGAGCUUCUUGCCAAAACAGAUUCAGACAAGGUCGAACUCUCCCGCCGACGGCAGGAACUCGAAGCCCAUAGUCGGGUACAAGAGGAGGAGCGAGAGCGCGAGUAUCGCCGCCGUCAGGAAGACUUGGCUGCGAGAGAAAAGGCCCUAGCGGACGAGUGGGAAGCGCGGCGGGCCACGGCUGCCGCGACAGCGGAGCAGCGAGAGAUGGAGGGCGAGCGCAGGCGGCGGUCGCUGCUGGAGACUCUAGAGAUCGAGCGCGAACAAUUAGCGAGGGCACGCGAGGAUGCAGAGGCGCGGUUUACGUCACGAGAAACGGAACUAGUGCGCGAAUACGAGCAGCGUGAACGCCACUUACAAGAACUCCUCUCCGAUCGUGAGGAACGCGCCAGAAAGAACGAAGAAAAAGCUACGGAAGGUACACAUCAUCGUGAUAGCAGAGCUAAAGUUUUUAAAUAUCUGAGACCCCUUAAUUCAACAUUUGCUCCUAGUACGUAGCCCUUUUCCUAAGCUCAAUCGAAUUGCAAAUGAACCUUUCCCAGAUCUGUCAGCUGUGAAGGAAAGAGAGGAUCGCGUAGCCAACGAAGAGCAGGCUUUAAGGGAGGAGCUCGCUAAAGAGGAGGAACGGUUACGCUCUGAAUUCGAGCAAGAAGAGUUGCGAUUACGUGAAGACCUCGAGCAGCAAGAGCAAAAUAUGCGCUCUGAAAUCCGCGGUGAGGAGGAGCGCGUGCGUGCACUCUUAACCGAGGAUGAAGAGAAGCUGCGUCGAGCUGAGGCGGACUUCUCAGAAAAGUACGAGAAAGCUGUAGCCGAGUGGGAGCAAUUCCAGAGCGAACGCUCAAGUUUACAGUCCCGUGCCCGUGAGUUGGAAGCCGAGGAGGCAGCGGCAGCGACGCGUCUGGUCGACGAACGGCGCGGUCUCGCCGAUGAGCGCAGUGAGCUGGAGUCGCUGCGCGCCACAGUAGCAGCCGAGCGCGAACAGCUAGAGAGCAGUGCGGAGGACCAGCGGCGCGAGCGUCGCGAGUGGGAGCUAGAGCGGGAACGGCUGCUCGAGCGCGUCGCAGCGCUAGGAGACGGCACGCCGGAGGAACUGCAGCGCUACCGUGAACUGAAGGCCGAACUCGAGUUGGAGCAAGAAGUCGUCCGUUUUGAAAAGGCAACCUUGUUCGAGAAGGAACAGGCACUGGAACAGGAGAAAGAGAAGAGCGCAGCGGAGUAUGCGGCGGGAGUCGAAAAACUUCAGGCUCGUGAACGCGAGAUCAGACAGCGGGAACAAGCAGUGGACGUGACUCGACAGAAGCAGGAACUAGAGUUCCGAUGGAAGAAGGACGCUUUAGAGUCAGCGAAGCAUGCACUGGCUGGAGAGAUUCAGCAUGUCAAAUCACAACAGUCUCCUGCGGCCGGCGACGUUGAGGAUCAACAGAUGAACGCGUCGUUUCAGUCACAACAGGGUAAAAGAGGAGCAUCGCGACCAGCGUCGCCCUCCAAGCGGCAGACAGAGAAUAUGCUGAACAAAAGUCAUGAUCUGAACGGUUUGCUUCGACAGAUUGAAAACGCAGAUCGCUCACGCAGCGUUUCUGAUCUAUCCGCCACAAAACGCGCAAAUAAUAACACUGCACGAUUCAACACGCGAGGACCCCGCGGAGGUGCAACGAACAACAGUAGAACCACUGGUUUUGCAACAUCUACGAGUCAACAUCAGCACCAACAGCGCCACCGUGUUGGAAGUGGUGGCUCCGACAGCGCUUUUUUGGAAAAUGACGAUCCAAACGCGUUCGAGUCCUAUGAAGAGGUAUAUUCUGCGCGCGAUGACCUGGACUUGCCUGAUAGAGGCUCCUCUACUCGUUCGACCGCCUUUCGGAAAGGACCCAUCAUACGAAAUUUGUUGCAGGAAUAGGCUGCUUGCUAGUUUUGAGGAGACUUCAUCUGCGAUAGUUGUACUUAUGUGUACGGAGACUCAAACGAAGAUGAACUACGUCGACCAAGUACUUUUAGCAGAAGUUGCUUCGGGAAUCACUAUUUUUUUUUUGUGCGUAAAAAGCCAGGCCGAAAAUACAGUUACAGUUACAGUUACAUUACCUACAAGCUUACUGUAAUUACUUCAACGAUGAUUUCGAAAAUAACAGAUGAAGGAUUGCCGUUCAAUUCUUUCAAUUUUUAUUCCCUUAUGAUUCAAAUCCUUAUUUGGUGCGCUUGCGCAUGAAAACGAUUACUUAUGCUUGAUAUGAUUCGCAGUUUUUCGCACGUUUUUGCAGAAACCUUAUAGUGUAGCAAAAUGCUUCCUCUAUAACAUUCGAUGUCAUCUUACGAGUAACACUCUGUUCAUAUGGGAGAGCUAUUUUAUCACAGGGAGACUGAUCCACCACAUUCAUUCCUCUGUGCUACGAUAUCGACGAAGUCGUAGUAAGUAACCUUGGUAUGCAUUACAUCUUCAUAGGGGUGAAGAUGGACCUCCUUGUUUCUGCUGAGUAUUCUAAGUGCCGAAUCAAGUGAUUUCAAAACAUGAUUCCUUUCUCUCUCAGACAGGCGAGCUUUGACGUUCACAGAUGAAGAUGGUCAGUGAGAAGCCAAUAAGAUUGAUAUGAACAAGAGUCCGUGCUGCGGUAUUUACAAUUACAGUUUGAAGUGGUGGUAACUACGACCACCUUACGAGCAAGAUUCCACGAGAAGGAUGAGAAUCGAUAUCUCUUCUA